AUGGCUAAGCCUUCUUUCCCAUCUUCAAUACGAGAUCGCGUAGUUCUCUAUACUACUCCAGCUGUGACAUUCGUGUUGCUGGCCGCUGCAUUUUAUCAGCUUAUUCUUCACCGGGCGCAACUACUCGAGCUGCAACGUCUCAUCAAGCCAACCACAGCUCCGGACUCGGACACGAGCAUACAUUCACCUGACGUAAAAUUACUCUCGCGCUAUUCGAGAGGAGCAAUUUCGGACGAUCUGGCAGCUUUGAACCAUUAUUUUGGUGCAGUUGCUGAGCGGCAGUUAAGGGAAUAUUUGCAAGCACGCUGUGUAAACAAUCGGCAUCUUUGCAUACAAGGCAAGAAAGGCGACAAAGGAAGUGAUGGGCAAAUUGGUGUCCAAGGUGUCAAAGGAAAUUUGGGACCAAGAGGAUCUACUGGUUAUUCAGGCAAGAAAGGCGACAAAGGAAGUGAUGGGCAAAUUGGUGUCCAAGGUGUCAAAGGAAAUUUGGGACCAAGAGGAUCUACUGGUUAUUCAGGUACGAAAGGUAACAAAGGAGAUCGUGGGAUUCGAGGAUUUCAAGGCGUGAAAGGCUAUAUCGGACCAUCAGGAUAUACUGGAAGGCCAGGUAGGAAAGGAGAGAGAGGAUUCAAAGGCUUCAUGGGUGUGGUCGGUCAAAAAGGGGCUAGUGGCGAAAAAGGAGAUAAAGGGGAAAAAGGAGAUGAUGGAAAUAGCAUUGAUGUUCCAGUAAUUACCAGUCAUCCACAAGAUGUCGUCGCGAUGCAGUCUAGAGAUGCCAUAUUUAAUUGCAGAGCUGAAGCUAUACCAAAACCCAAAAUCCGCUGGCUAAAGCUGUACUCUGCUAUGUCUCAAUCUCGAGCAACCACAUAUGCAAACGGAAACGGCACGCUAGUCAUUCGUAAUGUCGGUCGCCAAAACGCCGGAACAUACGUAUGUGUAGCAGAAAAUAUUUUGGGUACGGCAAAAAGUUAUGCAGUUUUAGUCGUUCGAGAUGAAACAAGUAUUAAUUAUGAGUACGAAACAUUUCCUCCUGACAAUUGCAACUAUCUACCAAGUAUGACUUGCCGAAUGUUUGGAAGACACUUAUUUCGGCAGGUCAGCGCCGUAGAAAAGAAGUCCGUUGUUGUAUACAAUGCAUAUGUGGAUGUGUUGAGACUGUCUCGUAUCAGAGCGAAAGCAAAACGCAUUUUGAUAAUGGAGUCGCUUGUUAAUACUUCGAUUGUCUCCAAUGUUCAUGAUAUAUUGAGACUCUCCAUCGUCAAUUCCACGGUUGGACAAAUAGAAUUUGAAAACGUCACUGCAAACUAUACUGCAAUGAACAAUUCCGUAAUUUUGUCUGGACGAUUUUCUACAACAAUAUUCGAAGGAUACAGAUCGACUAAUAUCGUUAUCUACAAUACAAGUAUGAGAAAUGUGUCUAUUUCAAGCCAUUAUCACCGGAAACUGAGACUACCGUGGAGAAGUUCUUGGACUAGUUCCUCGUGGCCCGCAGACAAAUACGGAUUCGCGAACGUGACCAAUCACACGAUCAUUAAUGGCAGCUUUGUUAAUGUUAUUUUCAAAAACUUGCUGUUUUACCACUACGCUGCGAUCAACUCUACGUUCGUCAAUUGCUUCUUUAUCAACGUUUCUUUCAUCAACAUAACUUUACUUAACGUUUCAAUAAUAAACUCGACAUACACGAACGUAUCGUCAGUCAUGAUGACUCAGAUCAAUACCACGUGGAUCAAUACGAUUACCACCAAUACAAGCUUAGCAUUUUUUGUAUGGAAAAACGUUAGCUAUUUUGGCUCGAAAUCGUACAACGUUACCAUGGUAAAUGGUACUAUGCUGGAAAUCAAAUAUGUCAACUCAAGUUUUGAAUUCGUAGUUUGGUUGAGUCUAUACAUCGAUGAAAUCAAACAGGAAAAUGUAUCUAUGACAAAUUUCACUGGCGCCAAGAUAGCAGCAUUUAACAUUGUUGGACGAAACUUGACUUACGUCAAUUCCACUUUCUUCAUGUGUACAGAUUGGAAUGCUACUCUAUUCAAUACUACAUAUAGCAAUGUUACAUCGAUCGGAUCAAACGCUGUCAAUAUAACAGACAGGCAUGGAAUCGUUGUAAACAGCACGUACAUUGAUUAUUUUACUUAUAAUGUGACAACAAUAGCAGCUUACAUACACCGGGCGUCGUACUUUGUGUCACGAGACGUCAUUCGUGGUUUCAGAUACUAUUGGAAUUCUUGGACGUCGUCGUAUUACAACGCUUGGAUGUACGAAAGUGACACUUUGCAAAGACUGCAUGUUUACAACUACCACAGGAACGAGUUUGACCCUUUUAUGCUUAGCUCUUGGCGACCAGUGUUGUGGCCACGCUACAGCGACUACUGGAUUUGGAGGGACUGGUGGAGUGGAAAUGAAUGGGAGAGAUUCCAAAGGCAAGAAAGAUGGAGAAACAAAGAAUCUAUUGAUUCCUGGUGGUUCAGACCGACACAAUGGCAGUGGAGACUUCGUCAAAGUGAUUAUUUCUACGAGGUGAACGAGCGUCGUUGUCCACGAUGUUUCAUUAACUGGUCUAUCGUAAACAGCAAUUUAGUAUACGUCAAUCCUUGCAACAGUUUUCUUUUCCAAAACGCAACAAUUACGAGAGGCACAGCUAUUUGGCCAAGAUGGUGCUUCUAUAAUUGACUUCAGAAUUAUAGACGAAGCUGACCGGCGAAUCAGCUAAAUUCGAGCGAUUCUUUGUAGCUAUAGUUUACUCUCGGACUUGUCCAUCUUCCUUUAGAUGUUUCAAUUGUUUGUCCAUGUAUGUACAAGUACAAACGUGUUUGUAUAUGUUUGUACAAGGUAUGUUUGUAUAUGAGGAAGCUAGAAGCUAAACUUGACAUGGUCAACGUUCAAAAAUUGAUUUGUUGACAUCAA